AUGGAAGGAGGAGAGGAGAGGCAAACACUGCAGCAGGCAAUAGGGGUUUUAAGGAACAUUUUAACAUUCCCCGAAACCAUAGCAUCCCUCUCCUCUUCCGUCGAGCGGCAGAGGACAUCUGCACCGACCGCCAGCCACAGUACGACGGAAAGUGAGCUGCGUCAACUGUUCAGGCCGAGCAGCUCCCGAGUUGCCAACCCUGCAGCGGUCGCAACACAAGGCCAGCAGUCUCUGCGAUACCAGACGCAGCAGCAUUUUGGGAACUGGAGCUCCCGCUCAAAGAAAAGGGCCAAAACACAUUUUCAUGAUACUUUCAACAAAGACGUCAUCCUUCUUCCAAGGCCAUCAAGCAAUGUCGUCGUCAAGCAUCGCAAAAAGCAACGGCUACAUGAACAGGGACAUAUACUGAAUGGAUUUGAAUUCCAGAAAUCUUGGGACCAGAGGACUGUCACUGAACAAAUAAGGGAUGCCUUUGGAGAAAAACUCUCUGCUGAUGUGAGCCUAGAGUUUCUGAUGGCAUGUGGCAACAGAUUAAUUUUGCCCAAACUGCGUGCUGGACAGGAGCUGGAUGCAAAUCUCAUACAUAAAGUAUAUAAAUCUAAAGCCCUGUACAUCAGACCAUCAAAGCCAGUUAUGGCUGAUCUUUCAGGCUACAGCAGUGAGGAGAAUUGUGAGGUAAACCCUGCUUCAGCGAGGCAGCUGCGCUCCUCAUCUCUAACACAAGAUAUAUACUCACGUGUCUCUUCAGAGAGCUUCAACGAUGUUACAACAGCCUCCCCACCAAACUGCACUCCUGAGGUUGAAACUUAUCCCUCGUCACUCAUCCCUCAUCACAGCAGCUCACCCAACUACAGCAGCACUUCAACCAGUUCUUAUCAGUUGCCAUCAUGCUCACUAAGAAGCUGCCCUACCGAAAGUCAGCCUUCUACCGCAUCAUAUGGAGGAACAACCUCGGAUGAGCCAAAUCUGGUGCUGACUUCUGUGUUACCCUCUAGCUCAACACAGCAUCAGUCAGCAAACUAUGACAACUACCUUUCGGUUGUGGCUGCACUGUCCUGA